AUGGCUUCCGCAAGAGCGCCAUUCCGUGCCCUCUCCAGGGCUAAUUCUCUUUUCAGUUACCGACGGUCGUGGGCGUUCUCUGCUUGCAAAUAUGGAAGUCCCAGGACUUUCCAGCGUGGAGUUGCAACCACCCCGACUCUGACUCCAACUCCAACUCCGGGGAACUCCAAAAAGCCAUACUAUGUGACCACACCAAUUUUCUACGUCAAUGCGGCACCUCAUGUCGGCCAUUUUUACACCAUGGUCAUCGCCGAUAUCUUGAAACGAUGGCAGGUACUACUCGGAAAUACCGAUGCUCAAUUAUUGACCGGAACCGACGAGCAUGGAAUGAAGAUCCAGCAAGCUGCUCUCCAAGCGGGUAUGGAUACUCAGGCCUUCUGCGACAUGAACUGUCGAACAUUCGAGGCCCUAGCUAAGGCAGCAAACCUCAAUAACGACCAUUUUAUUCGAACCACCGACCCAGCGCAUCGGGAGGCGGUACAAUACUUCUGGGAAAUGCUCCAACACAGAGGUUAUAUCUACACAUCCAAGCAUGAAGGAUGGUACUCUGUCAGCGAUGAGACUUUCUACCCACAAACACAGGUACAAAACUCUCUGGAUCCAGCAACCGGCAGGAAGAGGAUGGUCUCUAUUGAGACAAACAAGGAAGUAGAAUGGUCCUCAGAAACCAACUAUCAUUUCCGCCUUUCUGCGUUCAAGGACCGCCUACUUGAGCUUUACAGCAGAGAAGACUCCUUCAUCACGCCAUCCAAGUAUGCAACAGCCAUCAUCCAGUCAGUAUCUUCUGGGCUACAAGAUCUGUCGAUUUCACGGCCCUCGGAGCGGCUUACUUGGGGUAUUCCGGUUCCUGGCGAUGACACACAAACAAUCUAUGUCUGGCUGGACGCGCUUGUAAACUAUCUCACGAGGGCAGGAUACCCUUUCCCUCCCGGGAAAGAGAAUGAUUCUAUGUGGCCUGCCAAUGUUCACGUUGUCGGAAAGGACAUAGUUCGUUUCCACUGCGUCUACUGGCCUGCAUUCCUCAUGGCUUUGGAUCUCCCUGUGCCACGGAACGUUCUGGUGCAUGGGCAUUGGACCAUGAACCGUGAGAAAAUGUCAAAAUCCACGGGCAACGUGGUAAAUCCGUUCUUCGCCAUCGAAAGAUUUGGCGUAGAUACCAUGCGCUUCUUCCUCGCCUAUCAAGGAGGUCUCGCCAACGAUGCUGACUAUGAUAACUCCUUCAUUAUUCGUGAUUAUAAGAAGCUGCUCCAGGGAGGCAUUGGCAACCUGGCAUCGCGCACAAUUGGGUGCGCCAAGGGGAAAUUGGGCUCGUAUGUUCAAGACGCAACCUCUAACAACCUCCCGGCCCCGACCCCGGCAGAUGUACAACAUCAGAUCAUGCUAGUCUCUACACCAUCAAAGGUUGCCGAGCAUAUGAAGGGUCUGAACCCGCGUGCUGCGCUCCAAGAGAUUAUGAGCGUAAUUGAUAAGACCAACAAGUACUUCCAUGCGACAGAGCCGUGGAAGAACCCCAACUCUCAAUGGGCACUUUUCAACGUCGCAGAAUCGCUUCGCAUCUCGGGCAUCCUGCUACAACCGUUCAUGCCCGCCAAGUCACUAGAACUUUUGGAGCUUCUCGGUGUAGAUACAUCCAACCCUGCUAAACUGGGCUUCUCGGCUGCGAUCUAUGGAUCGGACUCAGAGUAUGGUCAAUAUGCCAAGAAGGGCCACCUUUUCCCUGCUCUCCUUGCUGAGGACUAA